GACGUCACAAAGGCCCUGCCAUGCCUCUGGCCCUGACCCUCCUGCUGCUGCUGGGCCUGAGCGGCCCCGGAGGCCGGGGCUGCCUGCAGUGUGACCACUCGGUGCAGGAGGCCCUGAGCCAGCUGCGCUUGGCCCUCGUCCCCAAACGCUUCCAUCAGGAGCGGCUGCAGGCCCGCGCCCAGGCCCUGCUGCUGGGCAUGGAGGGGCCUUUCUUCCGGGACUACGCUCUGAACGCGUUUGUGGGGAAAGUGGGGAUAGAUCACCUGGAACACGUGGCGUCCUUUAUCAAGAACCAAACGAGCCACUUAAUGGUUAAUCCUCUAAAAGAUGGGCCUCUGCUGGAAGAACUCGUAGCUCUCAGGGGGCGAGUAAUCAAGGAACUCAAGAAAGUCUUAAAAUUGUACGAAGCAAAAGCCUGCAGCCGCAAAAUUUGCCGUGAGUCCUGGAUUUAUCGUCCCUUCUCUACCCUCCUGCACCUCUUUACCCUGUCUCCCCCAAAUCAAGCCCAUCACCUGCUCCAUCUGGCGGUUCGUCCUCCUCCCCAAAGCUCUAGCUUGCUAAAAGAGGAAGUCUUGGACUGUUUACAUUGCCAGAAGAUCAGUCCCAGCUGUAUCCAAAAAAAGUACUGUUUUGGGUGAGGAGAAGCGGGAACCAGGAGAGGCGCUUUGAUGGGGGCUGGACCAGGUCGGGAGCCCAGGAGGUGGAUCAGACUCUGGAUCCACUCCGAAGGUGAGGCCAAGAAGCUCUGCUGGCAGAAUGAAAGGCGAGGGGUGGGGGGAAGGGACAAUUAGAAGAUGCAGAAUGGGACUCCCAAGGAUCUUCAGGGUCCCCAGCUAAGAUGCAGACGACUGUCUUAGCGCUAGACUCUCCGCGGUCCCUGUGAUGUGCUGUAUAGACAGUCGGUGCCGUGAGGGCAGGGAUGUUUGCUGGUGGGGUGCGCGGCAGUAUCCAGAGCACCUAGGAUGGCGCCUGGGCACAGGAUUUGAGGAAUGGAUGCCAUGGCGUCGGACCCGGGAGAG